AUGUGGAGCCUUCCCAGCCUGGAGUCGCAACCUGCUCCCGAUCGAGAAGCGCUGGGACAGCCAGAUAGCAUGGUCCUCGUGAUCCCGCGCCUCAAGAAAGAGAAUACGACCUGGCUCGACGACCUGCCCCACCCGGUCUCCACCGCCAUCUACGUCGCCGACGACCUCUCCGCGCCGCUCCACCCACCCAAAAACAAAGGCAACGAAGCCAUGAUCUACUUGACCUACAUAAUCGACCACUACGACACCCUCCCCGCCGUCAUCCUCUUCCUCCACAACCACCGCACCGCCUGGCACAACAAUGACCUCCUCAACCACGACAUCGCCGAGUCCCUCCGCCGCCUCAACUACCACCGCCUCGCCCGCUCCCACGGCUACAUGAACCUCCGCUGCCACUGGGACCCCGGCUGCCCGGCCUGGCUGCACCCGGGCGCCACCGCUGAAGUCCCCGACCGCAAAGAGGAACUCUUCAUCGCCCGCGCCUUUAGCGAGCUAUUCCCCCUUACCGACAUCCCGCAAACGCUAGCCCAGCCGUGUUGCAGCCAGAUGGCGGUGACGCGGGAGGUGAUCCAGCGCACGCCGCGCGGCCGAUGGAUCUUCUUCCGCGACUGGCUGCUGCGCACGAGCAUCCGCGACUCGAUGAGCGGGCGCAUCUGGGAGUAUCUGUGGCAGGUGGUGUUUGCGGGGGAGAGCGAGGUGUGUCCGGCGAUGCACGCGUGCUACUGCGACGGGUACGGGGUGUGUUUCGAGGACGACGAGGAGUUUGGGAGGUGGUUUGAGGUAAGGUGGCGGAUGCAGGGGUUGGAGCGGGAGUUGGCGGGGUGGUUUCGGGAGAAUAGGGAGGUGUGGGAAGGUGGGAUGAAUGGUGCGGUGACGCGCUGGGAGGAUCUGGAGUUCCCGGCGGAAAGUCGGGAACGGUGGUUGAAGGACGAGGUGGGACGGCUUCGGAAUGAGCUCGGUUCGGGGAGGAGGGUCGCGCUUGAGCGGGGGAUGGAUCCGCGCAUCAGAGCGGAGGUCUCAGGGAGGGAAUAUAAGGCGGGAGAUGGGUUCUGA